GUGAUUUUAUACUACACACAGGUACCUAAGGUAUCUACCUAGGCGAUAGGUAAGUGCUAUCACUUGCAGUGUUUAGGCGACCCUAUGGAAAGUCUUGGGGUACAUAGUAACGCCUCCCAGACCCUACCUACACGUAGGUACCCAACCUAGAGUUAGUAUCAAGAGAUUCUUUCAACUUGAAACCAUGAUGCAAAUCUAUGUCCCACAUCUCCCCAGAAAAUCGGUGUCUUCCGAAGAUUUUAUUAUUGUGUGUUGCAUGUGCAGUGAACAUCACGUCAUCCCAAUAUUUCUCCAGGCUCGGCCUCCACUUCCUCCUACCCCAAUAUGACAAACACCCUUGUAGCACAGCGCUAGAUAAUCGAGACACUGGCAUUAUCAGUCGGCCUCUCCACGUGUGUGAAGAGGGGCGCAGAGGGGUUAAGAGUGAUGAAGUGAGAGGUGAGAGAGAGGUGGGAGGUGAGGAGAGGGGGAGAUACUAAUAACCGAU